GAGUCAUUGAUCAGCUGCUGCAGCUGGGCAACACAAUGGCGGCCACUUCAAGGCUCAAAGGCCCAACAGAGGCCUCCUGGAUCGCCACGCUGCUCCUGCUGGCUGCCCUCGCUUGGAGCGCGUACAAUUUUUCCAGCAGGACACCAAGCCCCCUCCCAUUCGACGCACCCCUCAAUUCGUUCUCUGAAGGCCGCGCGCGGCGGCACUUGGACCACAUUGCUUCUGUUGGUCCCCACCCUGUUGGCUCCCCAGCUCUCGACUCAGUGCACAAUUACCUACUGCAGGAACUGGAAUGGAUUGAGGAGCAUGCAUCGGGGAAAGUGGUCGUUGAGGUUGAUGUUCAGGAGGGGGAGAACGGGGUGUCGCAACUGAGCGUUGGGCCAUUCAGCGGGAAGAGCUUGGCGUACCAGGGUCUCAGGAAUGUGGUGGUGAGGGUCAGGGGCGCGCAGUGGGGGGUCAAGGACGAGACGAGCGAGAGUUGGCAUGCGGUCCUCCUAUCGGUGCACACUGACUCAGUUUACCCCAGCCCCGGCGCCUCCGACGACGCCGCCAGUGUGGCCAUCCUCCUGGAGCUCAUUCGCACCUUCAGCCUGAGCUUCCCAGCCAGUGUUGGCGCGAAUGCGCUCCUCUUUCUGUUCAACGAAGGGGAGGAGGAAGGCCUGGACGGAGCGCACGCCUUCAUAACCAAACACCGCUGGAGCGACAACGUACGGGUGGCCAUUGAUUUGGAGGCCAUGGGAUCAGGGGGCCCGCACACACUCUUCCAGGCUGGGCCGUCCAACUGGCUGCUCAACCAUUACGUGGAGUCGGCACCGCACCCUGCAGGAAACAUCGUGGCCCAGGACAUCUUCCUGAACAACCUCAUCAACAGCGCGACCGACUUCCAAGUCUACCGGGACGUCGGGGGCCUCUCCGGGCUCGACUUUGCGUACAUCAAACGGGGCCACGUGUACCACACCAAGAACGACCGCCCGGAGUAUGUCCAACCGGGCGCUCUCCAGCACUCGGGGGAUAACCUGGAGGCGUUACUUCGGCGGGUGGUGGUUUCCACCGAGCUGGCGGAGCAGGAGAGGGUGUUCCCGCCGGAGGGGAGCAGCAAGCCGGUGCCGUACGAGAACGUGUUCUUCGACUUUCUGGGCCUGAAGCUGAUCAGCUACCCCUUCGCCCAAGCCGCGUCCAGCUACCUCACCCUCUCCGCCAUUCUCCCCGUCCUAGUUCUCCUCCCGACCAUCUUCCCGAGCCAAAAGGGCCCCGCAUACGCCCGGGUUACCAUUCCCCGAGCACACUUCUUCCUCGUCCCCCUAACCGCGUUCCUAACCCAGGCCCUAACCCUCGUCGGGGGCCUGGUUAUGGCGGGUUCCCGGGCUUACCUGUUAGCGGUUAGUAAACCCUGGCCAAACCCUGCGUAUGCGCGGCCAUGGCUGGUGGUUCCGCUUUAUGGGGGAGCGGCGCUAGCGGGGGCGAUUGGAGUCCAGGGUUUAGGAGCAGCUGCGUUGAGGAAGGUGUUGGCGAAGACGCCAAGUAUAUCGGUGGAGAGCGUCUUAUUCCGCGCCAGCCUUUUGCAGUGGUUCGCGUUACUGGUUGUGAUGACAAGGGCCGGUGUAGGAAGCGCGUACAUCCCGCUGCUGUGGGCGCUGGCCGGAACACUCGCUUGCACUGUGCGUCCGAAGGUCCGCAUGGAGGCCUCGCUGCUGUCGACCCCCGGCUUCGCCGCCACAGCACUCGCCGCGUCGCUCACGGCCACUGCGGCAAUCGGCCUGACUGACGUCAUGAAUUCGUCAGCGGGGCGCUUCGAUAAAUCCCCGGGUGCCUCCCCGGUUUACCUCCUAGAAGUCGUGAUUUCCAUACUAGUUGCCGUCUUCGCGCUGCUGGCCACGUCAUACUUCCUGCCAUAUGCUCACAGCAAGGGCCUGAAGAGCUCCUUUACGAUCGCCGCCUUCUUCCUGGCUGUCUCCUCAAUCGCCGCUGGCCUGGUCACGUGGGACGUCUUCCCGCCGUUCACCGCCGAAGCCGCCCUGCCAAUCAAUCUCGUCCACGUGUACGACACGUCAGCACAACAGUCAUAUAUCUCGCUGUCGUCACUCGCGCCCGGAAGAUCCGUUGAGGGUUUGGUGGCGGGACUCGGUGCAAGGUUCAACGUCUCGAGGGGCAGCGGGCCUGACUUCGUGACCUAUGAGGUCGGUUACGGCGCACGCACAGUCGACGCCGUGCCCCCUCCCCCGGGCGUGAAGACCGAGGCGCCGUCCUUCGCCCUGCUUUUCGACCACCACGUCGCCCACGAACUAGAGACGGGGGUGAAAGAGAUCGACGUCGGGAUGCACGCGGGCGGCUCGCGGCGGUGGGCCCUGGGGAUCGACGUGCGGCGGGUGCAGGGCUUUUCGAUCAGCAGCGUGACGGGUGACGGCCGCUUAGACCGCAGCUCCGCUAAGGUGCUGGUUCCCAUGACGGUCGAUCCGGUGGCGAGCGACAGCAAGGCGGGGUGGCACAUCGUGCAGUUUGCGGCGGGGUCGGGGCCCGCGGACGACUUCGUCAUGAAGCUGCGAAUACACCCCGACGCGCACGUGGAGAGAUUGAACUCGGAUGCGGGCGGGGCAUAUCACACGGAGGGGCGUCCUCUUCUGAAGCUCCGAACGGAUUUUGACGUCACGACACCACACCUGCAAGCGGUGUUGGACGAGUUGCCCGUGUGGACGACGGAGUUUGGAAAGUCGACGUCGCCCUACAGGCUGGCUUACUUGGCUAGUUUCGACUUUGAGUAGGCAUUGAAAUAGUUGGGACGGCCAAUUUGUGUAUGCCACCGGCACUUGGGAUGUCGAUGUUGUUCCUACCAGGACACUCAGGGAGGUCCGAUCCUGCAGAACUGCACACGUGAAAGAAGAGUAGGAGGGAUCUAUGUACAGCCUACAAGUCGAGAUCAGUAGUGCUAUGUGGCCCUGUAGCAACUUUGAUUGACAGGUGGCAGUCCGAGGGUCGUAUGUUCGAUACGACGGCCGCAAAAUUUACCUCGCCUAGUGCUACCUGCCUCACGGACAAGCACGCUCUAGUCUCAAAGAGGUAGAUAAAGCUCAGCCUGUUUCAGCCCCUUGUUUACGAUAGUCCCGAAAACCCUGUAGCUAAUGGCAAAUCGCUCGGUUUCAAUGUGGGAGGUAUCUUGUUUGAUGUUGUUUAGGCGCCCGCGCAGGCAAGGCCGGACUCCAAGCGCGGCCUGCCUAGGUGCUAUAAAAUGGCGGCAAUGAUGAGUCGGACUGUGCUGCA